CCCACCCAUCUCCAGAAUCUUCUUCAUCAGCCACAGCGCAAAGCAGUUCAUCCGAGCUCCUUAGCGCUGAAGCACUGCAAAUAUGAAGCUUUCUUCAUUUGCUCCGUUUUUCCUGACAGCUGGGCUUUAUCUGUCCUCGGAGUGUUUCCGUACUGAGAUUAUUGGAGGGAGAGAAGUACAGCCACAUUCCAGGCCGUUUAUGGCUUCCAUCCAGUACCAUGGCAAUCACAUCUGCGGAGGAGUCCUGAUCCAUCCGCAGUGGGUGUUAACAGCAGCUCACUGCUACUCUUGGUUUCCCAGAAGCCACGCUCCCAUGGUGGUUUUAGGAGCACAUUCUCUUUCAAAGAAUGAACCCACGAAACAGACGAUUAAGAUUAAAAGACUCAUCCCAUUCUCAAGGUCUCCGUCAGGUUUCACAUCACAUGAUAUCAUGCUAAUAAAGCUUCACACUGCUGCAGAGCUCAACAAUCAUGUCCAACUGCUUCAACUGAGAUCUAAAAACUAUAUUAGAGAUGGAACCAAAUGUCAGGUUACUGGCUGGGGAGCCACCAACCCAGAUCUGUUAAAACCCUCUGACACCCUGCAAGAAGCCACUGUUCGCAUCAUAAGCAGAAAACGCUGCAACAGCCAAAGCUAUUACAACCGAAACCCUGUUAUAACCAGGGACAUGAUAUGUGCAGGGGAUGCCAAAGGCCAAAAGGAUUCCUGCCAGGGAGAUUCAGGUGGCCCCUUGGUCUGCAAAGGUGUCUUCCAUGCCAUAGUCUCUAGAGGCCAUAAAUGUGGUAUUGCCAACAAGCCUGGAAUCUACACCCUAUUGACUAAGAAAUACCAGAGUUGGAUCAAAAGCAACCUUGCUCCAGCAAGUGCAAACUGAGUUUGUAAAUGGUUUUCUUGGAUCUGCCGGUCACUUGCUUUAUUUUCUGGGAUGUGCUCGAAGAUGGACUUCAUCUGUAGAUGUGACUGGCUGUCAAAAAGACUGUGGUACAGCUGGGACAUAUUUCUGUGCCUUAAAAACUCAUUUGUUUGUGUUGUGUAGACAUCAGCCAAUAAAUAAAUGGCUGAAUUUGAUAGAAAAAUUUUUAAAAACUCAUUUGGUUAAGGAACUACAUUCUUUUUCAUGUGUAUUAAUGAUUUAUUUUUACCAUGCUGAUUUCAUUCUAAAUAAAAUGUGGAAACUUG